GAAAACGCGAGAGAUGCUCGCGUCUGGCAUAUAAAGAAAGUCAACGAACAGCGGGGUAAGGAAGUUUGUAGAAAUCUCCCUUUCUUCACGCCGUCACCGAAUGGGACGCAAUAUCACGCCUCUAUGGAGCUGGCAAGGCAACAAACCAGAAGAAAUUUGAGAAUGUACUACACUUCAAAGAGCAAAAGCUAACGUCUUCAGCUGUCAUUCUACUUUUUCUGACGUUGUUAGUGCAAGUGAAAAACCACUUGUAUCGCUUUUCCAUGGUAAACCAGGGUUAGGUCUUAACCCUCUCAGAUAUCAGCGUUACUUUGAAAAUCUUGCAGCCAAGACGUCACUUAUUGAGCCACAGAAUCUGUACCCAACAGCAGAGGCUGCCCGAUUUCACAGCCUUCGCAUCUACCUACAGGUGAAGCAGUGGCAGGGAGAAAGGUGCUGGCAUGUCAAUGGAGAACUGGAGGUGGAAAGUCACUAA